GUCUGACAGAUGAGACCUCUGGCCCUUUACCAGCCAGCUACUGACAGACAUGGGUCUGGCCCCAGGGGAGUGGGAGUGGCCAGUGAGCCCAGCCUGGGUGGCCCACUCCUGCUGCCUCCAGGAUGUCCCCUUUGUCCCCAGCCCUUCUGUUGUGUCCUCAACCCCAGAAGCUGGUGAGGCUUUCUUGGAACAGCACCACGCAGCCCUGCCCAUCUGCCCGCUGUGCACCAGGCCUUCUGGGGAUGCAGAUGACAACCCGGCUGGAUGCUCAGGAGGAGUACAGAAGCCAGAAAUGACAAACACAGCAGCCACUGGGCAAAUGGGAAACGUGCCCCAGAAGGUCCCCACUGAGGAAGUUAGGAAGAGCUUUUUGAAGGAAUAUGAUUGAGAUGGGGCUUGAGGAAGGCAAGGCUCCAAACAGCACAGCAGAGGGCAGCUGAUGGAGCGCCUUCACCCUGCAGAACUGCCCCAAAGCCAAGCAAUGUUCUGUCUGGGGUCACAGCUAGCUCAGGGAUGCCUUCUGCCCCUUGGUCAGAGGGGCAAAGGGACAGAGCCUAGGGUCACCAAAACCUCUGGGAAACCCUUGGGGGGGUCUCUGGCCACAGACCAUCUUCAGAACUACCCACUGCCCUCCCAAGCCUGGCGGGCACCCUGGCGGGACCGGCCCUCCCCAGCUGUCCUCUUGCACUGGCUAGUGUUCUGACUGGACCGGCAAAGGGGUGGUCAGAUACGGGGGUAACUGGAUCCCUUCAUCAGCACCUGGGGUGGUGAGAGCUUCGAGCCUGCUCUGCUCUGGGCAGACAUUGCACUUAGCCCUGCCAGGACUGAUAGACACCAGGAUGUUACACAGUGAGGACAUGAAGGUCAUCAGGAAUGUGGCUGGAAUCUAUUAGGGCCUUCGUCCACCCCCAGCCCAUGCGGGGGCUGCCAAUUUUGGGCCUGUCCUCUGUUCCUCUCCUUAUUUGGACCUUCAGGUGAUAAGGCCGAGACAUAAAGGAGGCUGGGCCCUGCCCCCACGGCAGCAGCCACAUCUCUGCAGAGAGAAUGGCCAGCAGGAAGGCGGGGACCCGGGGCAAGGUGGCAGCCACCAAGCAGGCCCAACGUGGUUCUUCCAACGUCUUUUCCAUGUUUGAACAAGCCCAGAUCCAGGAGUUCAAGGAGGCCUUCAGCUGCAUCGACCAGAAUCGUGAUGGCAUCAUCUGCAAGGCAGACCUAAGGGAGACCUACUCCCAGCUAGGGAAAGUGAGUGUCCCAGAGGAGGAGCUGGAUGCCAUGCUGCAGGAGGGCAAGGGCCCCAUCAACUUCACUGUCUUCCUCACACUCUUUGGGGAGAAGCUCAAUGGGACAGACCCCGAGGAAGCCAUCCUGAGUGCCUUCCGCAUGUUCGACCCCAGCGGCAAAGGGGUGGUGAACAAGGAUGAGUUCAAGCAGCUUCUCCUGACCCAGGCAGACAAGUUCUCUCCAGCUGAGGUGGAGCAGAUGUUUGCCCUGACGCCCAUGGACCUGGAAGGGAACAUCGACUACAAGUCCCUGUGCUACAUCAUCACCCACGGAGAUGAGAAAGAGGAAUGAGGGGCAGGACCAGGCCCACGGGGGCACCUCAAUAAACUCUGUUGCCAAAUUGGAA